AUGUCAUUUUCUGAGAGUGGAAGUUUGAAAGAUCAUUUUGGAAAUUUGAAAAUUCAUUUGAAGACACAUGCAAAAGAAAAGCCAUAUUCUUGUGAAAUUUGUAAAAAGGCAUUUUCUCAAAGUGGACAUUUCAAAAUCCCUUUGAGGACACAUACGAAAGAAAAACCAUAUUCUUGUGAAAUUUGUAAAAAGUCUUUUUCUGAGAGUGGAAAUUUGAAAGUUCAUUUGAGGACACAUACAAAAGAAAAACCAUAUUCUUGUGAACUUUGUCAAAAGGCAUUUUCUCAGCGUGGACAUUUCAAAAUCCAUUUGAGGACACAUACAAAAGAAAAGCCAUAUUCUUGUGAAAUUUGUAAAAAGGCAUUUUCUCAAAGUGGACAUUUCAAAAUCCAUUUGAGGACACAUACAAAAGAAAAACCAUAUUCUUGUGAAAUUUGUAAAAAGUAUUUUUCUAAGAGUGGACAUUUCAAAGUUCAUAUGAGGACACAUACGAAAGAAAAACCAUAUUCUUGUGAAAUUUGUAAAAAG